AUGUCACAAUCGUCCCGAAAAAAGCUCCUUUUGAUGGGCCGUUCGGGUUCCGGGAAACUGUCGAUGCGCUCCAUCAUAUUCUCCAACUACUCAGCUUUUGACACUCGUAGAUUGGGUGCCACCAUAGAUGUGGAGCAUUCUCACUUGCGGUUUCUCGGCAAUAUGACGCUUAAUUUGUGGGAUUGUGGAGGCCAGGAUGUGUUUAUGGACAACUACUUUACGUCGCAAAAAGACCAUAUCUUCAAGAUGGUCCAGGUACUUAUUCAUGUGUUCGAUGUGGAGUCAAAGCUGAUAAACAAGGACAUGGAGACGUUUGUAAAAUCACUCACAAACCUUCGCAAGUACAGUCCGGACGCCAAGGUGUUUGUUCUCUUGCACAAGAUGGAUUUGGUACAAAUAGACAAGCGGGAUGAGUUGUUUCUGAUCAUGAUGGAGAAACUUCAAAAAAUCUCCAAUCCUUAUCUGUUCAAGCUAGUAGGAUUCCCCACCUCCAUUUGGGACGAGAGUCUUUAUAAAGCGUGGUCUCAAAUUGUGUGUUCGUUGAUUCCCAAUAUGAACUUGUUCAACUCGAAUCUUUUGAAAUUCAAUGAGGUUUUAGAAGCUGAGGAAAUAAUUCUUUUUGAAAAGACGACAUUUCUUGUUAUUCUGUCGACGUCAACUAUGCAACAACAACAACAACAACAACAACAACCGGAAGCUACCCUCGACCCAAAGCGAUUUGAGAAAAUCUCCAACAUUAUCAAGACUUACAAACAGUCCAUUUCGAAGCUUAGAACUGGCUUCACAAACCUCAUUAUCCGGGGCUCCAACGGAACCCAUUUUUAUGUGGACGUGCUCACCAACAAUAUGUUUAUCAUGAUAAUAUUGAAGGACACAGACGCAAACACAAACUACGUUUCCAACCACGAAGAGUCCAUGAUUUUGGAAAAUAUUCGUGCUGCCAGAAAGGACUUUGAAAAGAUUGAAAAUCUGCGAUGA